AUGGUGUCGAUGGGAAGUCAGAUGCUGGGCUUCGCCCUGGCUAUCAUCGGGUUCCUGGGGACCAUCAUUGUGUGUGCCCUGCCUAUGUGGAAAGUCACAGCUUUCAUCGGAGCCAACAUCGUGACUGCUCAGGUCAUCUGGGAGGGCCUGUGGAUGAACUGUGUAACCCAGAGCACGGGACAGAUGCAGUGCAAGAUCUACGACUCCCUUCUGGCCUUACCCCAGGACCUGCAGGCUGCCAGAGCUCUGAGCGUCAUUGCCAUCAUCGCGUCAUGCUUCGGCAUCCUCCUGGGAAUUGCUGGAGGAAAGUGCACCAACUUUGUGGAGGAUGAGGCUUCCAAAGCUAAAGUAGCCAUUGCCAGCGGGAUCAUUUUCAUAGUGGCUGGCGUCCUCAUCCUCGUCCCUGUCUGCUGGUCCGCCAACACCAUCGUCAGGGAUUUCUACAACCCCCUGCUGGUCGAGGCCCAGAGGAGGGAGCUGGGGGCCUCGCUAUACAUCGGCUGGGGCACCGCAGGGCUCCUGAUCCUGGGAGGGGGGCUCCUCUGCAGCUCCUGCCCACCCAAGGAGGAGCGUGCCGACUACCCAGUGAAGUACUCACAGGCAAGAUCCACAGCUACCAGCAGAGCUUAUGUUUGA